GCAUCUUGAAGGCAAGUCCUCUGUAUUUUUAUUCAAAUGAUGUGACAUACUUGAUUUUGGUUAUUCUUUUAGUUCACAGAACACUUGUGAAUUAGGUAAAUGCAUUUUCUUUCAAAUAUAUAUUAGUACAGAAAUGUUCAGGUGUUUAAAAUUAAAUUACAUGAUAAAAUGAUUGUUACAAAGUUUAACCAUUGAAAUACCCAAGCAACUGUAUAAAAUAGAAAAUUCAGAACACAUUUGUGGAACUUGAACAACUCCACAAACAGCUUCAAGCAAAUGGACUGCGUCCAACAUAUUGACUCAGCAAAAGUCAAUGAAGGAGAAAAAAAGGACGUAGAGCUACAAAAUCAAAGGGACGAAUCCAUACUGGGACAACGACUCUUAAUCCUCACCGAUGAGCAGCCGUGGAAACCAUGGAAAUGGUCCCGCUCCUGGGUAAAAGACUUUCUGGUGAGGGUCAGAUGUGUCAUGGGUUCGCUGAUGGGUAUGGAGUGGUACUGUUUCGCUGCUCUCGGGGUUCUGACUGCUUUCCUUAGUUUUCUCAUGGACCUGAGUGUGGCAAAGCUGCUUCGAGCUCACCAGUGGUUGUAUAGCCAGUUGGAGGGCCACUGUCUCCUGCAGUUCCUGUGCUGGACCCUGUACCCAGUCUCACUCUCUGCUCUAUCCACAUCUUUCUCUCAAAGCAUCUGUCCAUUCUCAGCAGGUUCUGGGGUUCCAGAGGUGAGGACCAUACUGUCUGGUGUGGACAUGCCACAUUACUUGUCCCUCACCAACCUAUUUGCCAAAUACGUGGGUCUCAUUUGCACACUGGCAGCCGGCAGCACUGUCUUCCUGGGAAAAGUGGGUCCAUUUGUGCAUCUCUCCACCAUGGUGGGAGCCUAUCUGAACCAACUCUGCACUGUUCUCCGUGGUGAGAAGGAGGAGAGAACUGAAGGAGCGAUGCUGGUCGUGGCUGCUGCUGUUGGAGUAGCCAGCUGCUUCGGGGCCCCUAUCAGUGGUGUGUUGUUUAGUGUGGAGGUGAUGAGCUCUCACUUCGCCCUAAAAGAUUACUGCCCAUGCUUCUUUGCGGCGGCCUGCGGAGCGCUCACCUUCCAUCUGCUCUCCAUGUGGAGCGGCGAGCAAGAGACUCUUCAGGCCUUGUUUCAAACCAGCUUCUCAGAUGACCUGCCGUUCUACCCACUGGAGAUUCCGGUCUUUGCAAUAUUGGGGCUUCUGUGCGGAGCAGGUAGCUGUGUCUACCUAUUCUGUCACCGUUGGAUACUGCUGUUCAUAAAGACAAACAAAAUCCUAAUCAAAGUCUUGUCGACUGAGAAGGCCCUAUACUCCGCUAUGGUGGUAUUCCUUCUGGCCUCUGUGACUUUCCCUCUUUCUGCCGGUCAAUAUAUGGCUUCCAAGCUCACCAUUAAGCAGCUCCUCUCUUCCCUUCUGGACAGCAGGCAGUGGACCUCUCAAUCCCACAAUGCCUCUGUGGUUUUGCAGCCAAACUUGUGUCCCUGGUCAGAGUGGAUUCCUUCAGGGAAUCCAUACCUCACUCUGGGAUUCUUCCUAUUCAUGAAGCUGUGGAUGCUGGUGUUGGCAUGCACCUUACCCCUGCCAGCCGGAUACUUUAUGCCUGUCUUUAUCUAUGGUGCUGCUAUAGGACGUUUAUUCGGGGAAGGAUUGGCAUUUGUGUCCCAAAAUGGUGUCUAUUUAGACCAGGACAGGAAUCCAAUCAACCCUGGAGGCUAUGCACUGGCUGGUGCAGCAGCAUUCUCAGGGGCGGUCACACACACGCUGUCCCCUGCUCUCCUGGCUCUGGAGCUGACCGGCCAGUCCACUCACGCCGCACCCAUUCUCCUCGCCACACUGGUGGCCAAUGCCCUGGCACGCUCUGGGCAGCGGCCAUCCUUCUACGAUGCCCUCUCCAUCAGCAAGAAGCUCCCGCACUUACCCUCCCUGCUCAAGGUCUGCCCAAGGCUCUCCUCUGUCCCAAUAGGGAAGGUCCUGGGUCCUGGAGGUCCAGUGCUGGAGAGGGCAGCUGGGCCAAUGGAGGUUCAGCAGGUUCUCAACACCUGCAGCCAGACACAGAUCCCUGUGGUUGACACACUGGACUCACGGAUUCUUCUGGGAUCAAUUAACAGAUCGGAACUGCAGACAUUUCUAUGCCACAACCACAAUAAGGUAUUGAAGAAACAGUUGGUGGAUAUGUGCUCUAUUCAGCCUGUUUCUGUCCAGCUUUCUCCUGAUACCACUGUCCAGGAGGUGAGGAGUUUGAGGAGACACUCACUUGUCAGGGACACAUCUGUGCUCAUGGCGUCCUCAGCGUGCUGUGUGGCGAGAGCUUGUUUGUGACUGAAAGGGGGAGGCUAUCUGGUGUUGUCACAUGGCCAGAGAUGAAGAGAAUGAUGGCAGAUUUGGCUGAUGACCUCUAAGCUAUUAUUUACUCCCAACAAGGACCUAUCCCUAACUACACCGAAUAAUAUUGAUUCUCAUAAUGCUAAUAACGAUACUUUGUCUUAAUUUUGUAAUGAUAAGCUUUUUGCUAAUCACCAAUGUUAUUUUCUGCUGAAGCCUAUUUCAUAACAGUUAUUAGAGCUUAUUGAUAUGUCGUUAGGAGAUGUAACUCCCUUGCGGUUUUGGAUUAUCUUGUUUACUGACCUAGAGAUAUCUCUAAGGACACUGUGAUAUUCAAAGUAAUUACACGUCGUGCUCAAGAACAUCCCUUAGCCUUAGUGUGUUAUUUAUCAGGAUAUAGCAUGUGCUCUUAUGCCUUAUUGUGAGUUAGAGCAAUUUCAACCAAUAGUGGAUUCUGUGAUGCCACAAACAACUUCUCUUCUGCUUCAGGCCAUUAUUUACUUAUCUGUUGCUCCCAGUAAUUUUCUCCCUUCAAUUCAGUCCUUUUUCACUUUGAGCAGAAGGACCCAUUGUUGUUGUACAGGUCUGAUUUAGGGCUAGAUUCUAUGAGAUCCACGGUAACCGACACACACAUAGUGGUUGUUUUGGCGGUGUCGCAGGUGGAACUGUGUUAGAGCUAUCAAAUCCACAAGCGUCUUCCGGCAUU